AUGAAUAUCAUCAAGAUUUCUCCUUGUAUCGUCCUUGUGAUACUGUUUUGUGGACUAAACUUUUCCAUUUUAUCGAAUGAGAGAUGUCAAUUUAAUCACACGAAAUGGUCUGACGUUUUAGGCUCCAAUUUGAAAUUCGUAGCAACUCGCGCACGGAACAGUUGUGUUUGUUUUGUUCAAGCAUACAAACUUAAACGGUUUCUUAAACGAAGAAUCAAAUAUAAUACAAAGUCAUCUGCCACGUUUAAUCCAGCGAUAGUGAUGUUAACAAGAAGCGGCGUAAAUCUAGUUAAUCCCGGUCCUGAACAACAACGCCAAAAAACUGUUAGUCUCAACGUCGUGCAAGAACCAGAUGCGAAGUCUUCAAACUGCAACCGUCGUUUGCCUAAACACGAACUCUCGUUAGCGCAUUUUAACUGUAGAAGUCUAAUGGCUCAUAUUGACGAACUGAGAUUAACUUUUCAGAAUAUCAAUCCUUUAUUUAUUGGCAUAACGGAGACAUGGCUGGAAAGCUCUAUUGCGGAUUCGGAAAUCGAACUACCUGGAUUUUCCGUAAAUCGCCUUGAUCGGAAAGGAAACCGCAGGGGAGGAGGAGUCGCACUGUACUUAUCAAGUAACGUGAAAUACACCAGAAGAAAGGACUUGGAAGAAGAUUUUGAAGUAAUAUGGGUUGAAAUUAAACUGCAAAAAGCAAAGUUUUUAAUCGGAUGUGUGUAUCGGGCUCCAGAUGAAACUCUCCGGAUUUUCGAUUACCUUGACGAUGUUAUGAGAUAUGCGACAAGAAAUAAGCUAGAAGUCAUUAUUGUUGGUGAUCUUAAUUGUGAUUGUUUAAACGCAACUUUAAAACAAACAGAGAGGCUGUCAGAAUUUACAAUGGUCAACAAACUUGAACAGUUGAUAAAUGAACCUACCCGCGUUACGUCCACUACCAGUACUCUCAUUGAUGUCUUAAUCACUUCAACGCCUAAUUUGUUUAAGGACUCUGGAGUUAUGGAUAUAACAUUAAGUGACCAUUACCCUAUUUAUGGUGUUAUGUACGGUCCAGUAACCCACUCCAAGAAACAUCGGAUAAUAACAACGCGUUCUUGGGAUGACAACAAAGUGAAUGCUUUUCUGGCUGAUCUGAAACACGCUCCGUGGAGCCUGGUUGAUUCUUUCGACAAUGUGGACAGUAUGUGUUCUGUAUGGGAAUCACUAAUGAAAUCCUUAAUUGACCAACAUUUCCCCUUAAAGCGAAAGCGUAUUCGAAGACAGACUCACCCAUGGCUUGAUAGCACUACACUCAAGCUCAUGAGAACACGUGAUCAAAUGCACAAAAAGGCAAAAAGAUCAGGACUGUCUCAGGACUGGAUCGAAUACAGACGCCUUCGUAACAAAGUAACCGAAAUAAACAGAAAGGCAAGAAAAGAUUACUUCAGAAACAAGCUUGAAGAAAAUCGUGGAAAGCCCAAAGCUUUCUGGGACACAUUACGUCUGAUCCUUCCAUCCAAGAAAAACUGCAAUGAAAUUGAAAGGUUAGUGGUUGAUGGUGAAGAGUUAAGUGACAAGCGUGACAUUGCUAAUUCUUUAAACGAAUAUUUUACAACAAUUGCAUCCUCGUUGUUAGCCAGUCACCAAUCCCACAA